GUGUGAGAUGCAUUUAGCAUCAGCAUUCAGCAUAUGCGGAUGACUUGACAUUACAAAGCAGCUCAUGUGAGAUGACAGAGCUGCCAGAUUUGGCUGAAAGAAGAUAAGAAGCAAUGUCUACUCCAAGUGCAAAGAAAAGACUUGGUUCACGUCGCCGGGGAGCAAACCAAAAUGAAAUCUCUAAGAAUGAUGAGUUCCACAUAACAGACAAUACUUUUGUAGUGGAGUGCGUCAUACCAGAAGAAAAAACUGAAUCAUUAAAUGUACUUGUUAAUCCUGACAAUUUAACAACUGAAACGCAACAUCCACCGUCGCCCGAGCUCUCAGGCAACAGAAGAAAACUGGGGUCUCGUCGAAGAAAUAAACUACUGCAUGUUGAGGAUUCUGCGACUGAAUCAUGCCAUGAACCUAUCGAGGAAGUUGAGGAAAAAACAAGGGUAAAGGAAACCACAGUUACAAAACAAAUGUCACUUGCAAUACAAUCCAAGAAGCAGGAAGUAAUUAUUCAAGGGAGUGAAUAUGUGUCUAUAACACAUGAAGACUAUAUUUAUUCGGCCGCUACACCUAAAGUUCAGUACUCUACUACAACAAACUGUCCAAAGACUGACCUGGAAAGUUUAAUUCCCAAAAGUGAAAAUCUGCAAGCAGACCUAGAUGAAAAUGAGACCGACUCUAAAGUGGUAUAUGACUCUUGUAAAUUAGUGGACACUGUGCAAGAAGGAAUUGACAGAUCUGACAGUCUUCGCAAUGAGGAAGUCAAAGAAAGUGCACAUCUUGUUGGCAUCUCUGAAUUAACUAGUUUAAGUGUGCUUUCAUGUCCAGGAGUAGAUCAGCAACUCAUUGACCAAUUCAAUGUCAGGCAAAUGCCUGAAGAAAAACUUUCCAAUGUGCAUUCUGUAACAGAAAAAGAGUGCAAGGAAAGAGACGACAACACAGAAUUGUUGAGGAAGGAUGGAAAUUUACAGGGCAACUAUUUGGUGAGUGAGUCACAUGUAGAAUCAGUAGCUAUGCAGUUUUGUACCACACCAGAGAUAACCACAGAAAAAAUCAGCCCAAGAGAAAAUACUGAAAUUGAACAAGCAACAAUUUCAUCACCGAAAGAAGAGUUCCCUACAGAUGAGAAACAAAAUGAGCAUUCCAAUUUAUUUGAAGUAAAAUGCGCUCAUCGUUCAGAGGAUGCUGUAAACAACGUGCAUGAACAGGAGGUUAAGCCAACACAAAUUAAAGAAAUGCCUCAAAUUGAUGACUCAUCUGAAAGUGUGAUACAUGAUGCCACAGGGAAUUCUAAAAUCAUUUCUGGAAACCUGACAGAUAAAACAGAAGUCAGUGACACAUACCAAUCUGAGUUGAUUGUGAAAAGAACUGAUGAGUUUCCUAUCAAUCAGGACAUUUCAAUUCCUGCCGACAAACAGCAUGAGCAUUCUAAAAAAGAAAGCAACUUUGAAGCUGUAGAGCAGAAAAACAAGGGUUAUUAUGUAUCUGAUACCAAGAAACCACAAAUCAGCAACAUAGAAGGAGUAGACACUGCACCAGGUCAGAUAUAUGAGACUAAAGGCAGACAACAGGAUGAUACAAAACCAAGUGCUGAACAAACAGGUCAUCAGGAUAAGGAAGGACUAGUCUCUGAAAUGGAGAGUGAAUCCUCUUUACAAACCCUGCAAUCAGAAAUAAAUGCUCCUUUUGACUUCCAACCUCAGCAUAGCGACACCGGCUUCAACCCCAUUGGGAACAGAAGAAAACUGGGGUCUAGCCGAAAAAAUAAAGGAAGACAGCAUGUCAAGGACUCUGUUGCUGAAUCAUACAAUGUACACAAAGAAGAUGUAGAAAGUACCGGGGAUAAUGAAGCCUUCGAAACAAGACAAACAUUAUUGGCAAUAGAGAGAACAAGUCAAUCAAGUCAGGGGAGUGAGAGUGAUAUCAAGCCUGCAACACAUGACAGCUCUUUGUAUACAGCCAUUAUGCCUGGUUAUUCUUCUGACGUCCAAGGCCCCACUACAACAAACUAUCCAGAGGCUGACCUAGAAAGUUCAAAGACUAAAAGUGAAAAUCCUCGAGAUGAUCAUGAUGAAAGAGGGACUGACUUUAAAGUGGAGGUGUCUGAUAAAUCAGUGGGAUCCACCCUAGAAGGAACAGACCAAUCUGACACUCUUCAGAGUCAAGAAGUCACAGGCGCUCAUAAUUUAGAAGAUGCUGUAAAUACAGUGCAUGAACAGGAGGUUAAGCCAACAGAAAUGCAAGAAUUGCCUCAAAUUGAUUACGCAUCUGAAAGUGUGAUACAUGAUGCCACAGAAAAUUCUGAAAUCAUUUCUGGAAACCUGGCAGACCAAACUGAAGUCAGUGACACAUACCAAUGUGACUUGAUUGUGAAAAGGACUGGUGAUUCUCCUACCAAUCAGAAAAUUUCAAAUUCUGACAAACAGGAUGAACAUCCUACAAAAGAAAACAACUUUGAGUCCUUAGAGCGGAAAAAUGAGGAUUGUCAUAUUUAUGAUAUCAAGGAACCACAGAUCAGCCACAUAGAUAGAGUAGAUACUGCACUAGGUCAGAUAUAUGAGACUGAAGGCAGAGUACAGGAUGAUACAAAACCAAGUGCUGAACAAACAGGUCAUCAGGAUAAGGAAGGACUAGUCUCUGAAAUGGAGAGUGAAUCCUCUUUACAAACCCUGCAAUCAGAAAUAAAUGCUCCUUUUGACUUCCAACCUCAGCAUAGCGACACCGGCUUCAACCCCAUUGGGAACAGAAGAAAACUGGGGUCUAGCCGAAAAAAUAAAGGAAGACAGCAUGUCAAGGACUCUGUUGCUGAAUCAUACCACGAACCUACAGAGGAAGUUGUUGGCGAUACCCGCGAUAAUGAACCCCUUGAAACAACAGAAAUGUCAUUAUCAAUAGAGCCAGCAGUAAAGGAAAAGUCAAUGGAAACUAUGCUGGAAGAAAUGGAUCAAUUUGACACUGCUCAGACUGAAGAUGUUCGUGAUCAAGUAAAAGAAAAUGCACUUGUUGGCGGUGACUUACAUUCAAGUUUAACAGUAGAUCAGCAGAUGAUCGACCAAUCAAAUUCCACAGAGAUGCCAGAGGAGGAACUUUCCAAUGUGUGUUUUGUAAAAGAAGAAAACAAGGAAGGAGACGAGGACACAGAAUUGUUCAGGCACGAUGGAAAUGUACAGACCCACUACUUGGUGAGUGAGUCCUGUGUGAAAUCAGAAUCCUCUUUACAAACCCUGCAAUCAGAAAUAAAUGCUCCUUUUGACUCUCAACCUCAGCAUCAUGACACCAGCCUCAACUCAUUUGGGAACAGAAGAAAACUGGGGUCUAGCCGAAAAAAUAAAGGAAGACAGCAUGUCAAGGACUCUGUUGCUGAAUCAUACAAUGUACACAAAGAAGAUGUAGAAAGUACCGGGGAUAAUGAAGCCUUCGAAACAGGAGAAACAUUAUUGGCAAUAGAGAGAACAAGUCAAUCAAGUCAGGGGAGUGAGAGUGAUAUCAAGCCUGCAACACAUGACAGCUCUUUGUAUACAGCCAUUAUGCCUGGUUAUUCUUCUGACGUCCAAGGCCCCACUACAACAAACUAUCCAGAGGCUGACCUAGAAAGUUCAAAGACUAAAAGUGAAAAUCCUCGAGAUGAUCAUGAUGAAAGAGGGACUGACUUUAAAGUGGAGGUGUCUGAUAAAUCAGUGGGAUCCACCCUAGAAGGAACAGACCAAUCUGACACUCUUCAGAGUCAAGAAGUCACAGGCGCUCAUAAUUUAGAAGAUGCUGUAAAUACAGUGCAUGAACAGGAGGUUAAGCCAACAGAAAUGCAAGAAAUGCCUCAAAUUGAUUACGCAUCUGAAAGUGUGAUACAUGAUGCCACAGAAAAUUCUGAAAUCAUUUCUGGAAACCUGGCAGACCAAACUGAAGUCAGUGACACAUACCAAUGUGACUUGAUUGUGAAAAGGACUGGUGAUUCUCCUACCAAUCAGAAAAUUUCAAAUUCUGACAAACAGGAUGAACAUCCUACAAAAGAAAACAACUUUGAGUCCUUAGAGCGGAAAAAUGAGGAUUGUCAUAUUUAUGAUGUCAAGGAACCACAGAUCAGCCACAUAGAUAGAGUAGAUACUGCACUAGGUCAGAUAUAUGAGACUGAAGGCAGAGUACAGGAUGAUACAAAACCAAGUGCUGAACAAACAGGUCAUCAGGAUAAGGAAGGACUAGUCUCUGAAAUGGAGAGUGAAUCCUCUUUACAAACCCUGCAAUCAGAAAUAAAUGCUCCUUUUGACUUCCAACCUCAGCAUAGCGACACCGGCUUCAACCCCAUUGGGAACAGAAGAAAACUGGGGUCUAGCCGAAAAAAUAAAGGAAGACAGCAUGUCAAGGACUCUGUUGCAGAAUCAUACCACAAACCUACAGAGGAAGUUGUUGGCGAUACCCGCGAUAAUGAACCCCUUGAAACAACAGAAAUGUCAUUAUCAAUAGAGCCAGCAGUAAAGGAAAAGUCAAUGGAAACUAUGCUGGAAGAAAUGGAUCAAUUUGACACUGCUCAGACUGAAGAUGUUCGUGAUCAAGUAAAAGAAAAUGCACUUGUUGGCAUUGACUUACAUUCAAGUUUAACAGUAGAUCAGCUAUCAAAAUCUACGGCGAUGCCAGACGAAGAACUUCCCAAUGUGUGUUUUGUAAUAGAAAAAGAAAACAAGGAAAGCGACGACAACAGAGAAUUGUUCAGGCAGGAUGGAAAUUUACAGACCAACUAUUUGGUGAGUGUAUCUCGUGUGAAAUCAGAAGAUAUAGAUUAUUCUAUCACACCAGAGAUAACCACAGAUAAACCCAACCCCAAAGAGCAUACAGAACCUGAAUGCAGUGUUGAACAAGCAAUAUUGUUGUCACCAAAAGAGGAGUUGUCUACAAGUGAGGAACAAAAAGAGCAUGUGAACUUAUCUCAAGUCAGAGGAGCUCGCCAUUCAGAGGAUGCUGUAAAUGAAGUGCAUGAAGAGGAGGUCAAGCCAACACAAAUGCAUCAAAUUGAUAACUUCUCAAUAAAGGAAAGUCAAUCUUCUUUACAAACACUGCAUUCAGAAAUGAAUGCUCCUUUGAACUCCCAACCUUUUGACAGUUAUCAGAGUAUCAAAGGGCAAACUCCCACAGGGAACAGAAGGAAAUUUGGGUCAAACCGAAAAAAUAAAGGACUGCAGGUCAAGGACACAACAAAAAUGUCAUUGGUAACAGAGACAAUGAGGCAGGAAGAAUUAAAAGAGCAAACCAACUUAGACUUCAAACCUACUGGGGAAAUAAGACAAUUUAGAUCAACUGUAAAUGACGAAGAAAAUACAGAAAAGAUGUCGGAGGAAGGCACAAUUUUGUCACAGAAUGUGAUGGACAGCAGUACAAUUGUGACAACAGACAUGCCUUCAAGCUCAGGCAAAGAUGACUUUGUCAAAUCCAAGGAAGUUACUGAGAUGGAAAAUAAACUCAUAAAAGAGACCGAGAAUCUAAGUCAGCUUACAGGAUGUGACACAGUUAAAAUGGACUUGACACAAUCACCGAACAUCUCAGUUUGGAAAGAUGAUUCAGACAUACAGAAUAUCUCAUAUCAUGAUGAAAAUGUCACCACCAAGCCAAUCGCUGAAGAUGUUCUUGAGCAAGAAGGAGCCUUUCAGGUCCAUGACACAGAAGCUUUAUCUUGUGACAAAGAAAUGAAUAUGCAACAGACAAAUGAUACAUCACAAAUUGUUGGAGAUGUCACAAUAAAAGCCUAUAAUUCAGGAGCGGAGAGUUCAAUGUGUGUACAAGUUUCUAGACAGGAUAAAGAUGGAGAACAAUUUGAAGAACUUACAAAGAAAGACCAUGAAGCCCAAGAAAUGAAUGUUUCACAGGUGAUCACACAUGCUGAACUGUUUUCUGCUUCACAAAACAAAACUGACACUAUGGCUCCAUUUGACAUUGGUCUCGAGGAAAACAUCCAAGCAAAGCCAGCUGAGGAUGUGUCUGAGGAAAGAGGAAUUUCCAGCCAACAACGGAUACAAGAAAAAACUAAUUUAGAUGACAGUGAACAUUUGCAAGGAAGAUCCAAACAGAAAAGGAGAAAAAUGGGAUCUACUCGCCAGACUCAACUCAAUAGGAAACCAGAGGAAAAGAGAGGUGAAACAAAAGAAAGUGACUUUAACACAGAAGCUGACAUGAGAAAUGUCGACAAGAUGGAAGCAAUGGAGGAUUUACAAAUUAGUGUAACUGCAGAGGUGUCACAGAAUGAACAUGCAAAGCCAUCACUGAGUCCUAAGAAUAAAGAACAACAUGAAACCAGCACUGUUCACGACAAUAGGCAAAAGCUACAAAGGUCUGACCUGCAGAGUAUACAGAGCAACAUGAUCUCAGACAGAGCUUAUUCAAAUACUCUCCUUCCUGAGCUAUCUGCCUCCCACAGUAAAGAAGUUGUUAAUCCUGUUAAGUUUGUUCAUGUAACUGAUGUAAGGGACAGUGAGAGUAAUGUAGAUGUUAGUGUGGAGCCAUCACAGCUAGAUGAUUUUACCACCACUGAGAUGCAUAUCACCUCUGUGAGCUUUGUGUCUUUAUGUGAGACCACACAGAGUGCACAAAAUGAUGAGAAAUGGCCAGAGAGUGUAAACGUAAUAAAUGACCAAGCUUUGAAAUUGGCAGAUGAGCCUGUUGUGGCAGAUUUGGAAAUAAUGAAAUCUGUAGUCAGAGGAGGAGCUCAAGAAGAGCAUAUGAGUGCCCAGGCUAGUAAACAAGAGCCAGACAAAGCAAAUGAAGAAGCUCACACUAAAAAUCUCGAGAUGAAGAAUGCAAAUUUAGAUUCAACCAACAAGAGAAGAAAGAUGGGCAGCACACGCAGAAGUCUCGGUUCACGGACAAAACGGGAAGACAUGUAUGAAAAGCAAGAAGAGGAUAAUGAGGCAACAGAGGUUGCAACUAUUGUUGGAGUUCUAAAGACUGAAAGUUUCUCAGGCAACAUAGGUGUGCUACAACUUCAUGAAGACAGUGGCUCUGAGCAAAGGAAAGAAAAGGAAUUUGAAACUGUGGAAUACUGCCACACUGGUGAGUCUUACUUCAAACCUCCCCAGACAUUUGAAGAAAAUCCUGUUUCUCAUGGUCAACUAGUAGAAACAGAGCAUCAACUAACUCCCAAUUAUCUCCCCACAAUACUAUCCACUUCUCCCAAACACGAUUUAAUGUCAGAAUCAGCAUUUGGUAGGAAAAGAAGAAAAAUGGGAUCUCACCGAAAGUCACAUGGACACCAAAACUAUGAAAACCAAACAGCAAAAGGGGACAAAAUAACUGAUGCACAAAAUGGGAGCGAUGUCAGAAGUAUCACAGAUGAAAGUGCCAACAAGACAACUGAAGAGCUGAGGGAAGAAUCUUUGGGCCCAGACAAAAUAUCAGAGGUUAAUACAAUUGACAAGAAACCAUCAUCCAACAUCAGCACCUCAAAGGCAGCAGAGCAGCCUGUUAGUGAGAAGAAACCUAAAGAAGUGACUCCUGUUCAACAUCCUUAUGCUGAAAUCCACCUGGCUCAAGAGAGUCAACAGAAGUUUUCUCUGGCAGGUAAUUCCAGGGCAGCAGAUCUGCAAUCAAACACUUACAAUGUGAUAAUGGUUGGAGACAGCAGUGUGGGCAAAACCUCCUUCAUGAAAAGAGCUCAAAGUGGGAAGUUUUCUUUAGAUAUACCCGCCUCUGUUGGACUUGAUUCCUGCAUGUGGACUGUGGUAGUGGAUGGGAAACAUGUGGUGCUACAGUUGUGGGAUACAGCUGGUCAGGAAAGGUUUCACAGCAUGACAAGGCAAAUUUUCCACAAAGCCAACGCAUUUCUCUUGAUGUAUGACAUCACUUCUUCUCAGAGUUUUUCUGCAAUCAGCUACUGGGCAAGCUGUAUCCAGGAAGGGGCUGCAGAAAAUGUGACCAUUUUACUUGUUGGCAAUAAGAGUGACUGUGCAGAGCGCCAGGUUAAAACUCAGGAGGUGGAAGUUCUUGCAAAGGAAUACAACUUUGAAUUCAUGGAGUGUAGCGCUGCCACAGGUGAAAAUGUGGUUCAGUCUUUGGAAACUGUGGCCAGGAUGUUGAGUCAAAAAGUUGACACAAGAGAAGAAGCCAUGGAGUUACACAAAGAGCCCAACAAGAAAAAAUCAUCAGGAUGUUGCUGAACAAGAUAUGUGUCUGAAAACUCGGUAAAGUGGAGAAAUCUUGCACACUGUGGAGCAUCACCAAUGAUUUCCAGAAUCGAUUUAAUUCCGAUUUACAAGGUCCCGAUUCGAUUACAUUUCCAAUUCGAUAUCAAUUAGGUUAGGGAAAUUUCAAUUACAAUAUGAAUUUUGCAGGACGUACGCUGUUAAUUUUACAAGCAAGAAGCAACCCUCAAAUAUUUUUUUAUAAUGCACCAAGUUACCCCAAAAAAGUUUGCUUAAAGUACUUAACAAGUCAUUGACAUACUACAACAGUCAUCAACAUAACAACUGUAGACUACAGCCAGUGAGUAGAGUGACCAUGUUAAAGAACAUUCUUGUAAAACAACUAUACCAAGAUAAACCAUAAAAAAGCCUUAUCUCUGACAAAUUGACAGUACAUUGGUCUUUUCAAUCAAAUUUAGCCCAGAAAAGGUUACUGUGAGCCGGCUACAGAGCAUUCUCAGGUCCUUUAUAGUUAAAAACAAAUCCACAAAGAGAAAAUUCUCUAUAUUGUGUGGCUAUAUACACUUUAUGGAAACUCUUAAUGUUACUUUCAUGACACAAAUAUAUAUUCAGUGUGUAUGUACAUUGACAUUUUGCUGUUGCUGAAUCUUUACAGGUAAAUUACCACUUGGAAGUUACAAAACGUGAUACCAAAUUGAUAUUAUCAAGGAUCUACUAAAAUAGUAUUUUUAUACAAUUAUGUUUUUAUAGAAUAUUUCAGUGUUAAAGUGUGUGUAAAAGUAACAUGUGCAAUAAGCCUUUGAACAACAGCAUCUUUUCAUUGUUGUAGCUGUUUAGUACAGUGUUAUUCAAUAAUUACAUUGUUUAUGUCAACCAUCUGUUCUAAAUGAAUGACAUUGGCACCAUUGUAGUUGUCACACAGCUGCCAGAUAAUCAUAAAUAACAUUUCAUACCUCUGUAAUUAAAGACAACAGCAGUAAAAUAAACAGGCUUUAAAUAUACAUGUAAAUUAUUUUUUAUGUUUCUGUGUAUUUCCCUUUAACUUGUGCAGCCAAAUACCUAUAAUCAAGUUUUAAUGUCAUGCCUCAUGCUUAAUAAACCUCCACAAUGACAACUACA